AUGGCGUUCUCAAGAUUCAGCAUGCGGUUACCGCUCCCAAAGACCUUUCUAGGAUGCAUCGGCCUUCAAACAGGCACCGAGGUCAUCUCCCUCAUCCUCCUCUUCAACAGGCUCACCGGCCUCUACGGUCUACUCGCCAUCCUCACGGGCUACGAGCUCUCCGUGACGCAGCUGUCAAUGUACCUCUACUCGCUGGGCGUCGUCGUGCUGCUGGCCAUGUUCAUGCCCCACGUACGCAAGCAGAGCCCCUUUGAGACGCUCAGCCUCGCCUGGCUCUACAUCGUCGACACCGUCCUCAACGUCGCCUACACGACCUUCUUCGCCGUGAACUGGUACCUCAACAGCAGCGCCCUGGACAAGCACCCGGCAGGCAGCACCACCCCGGCCGCAGCCGGUCCCGCAGCAGCGGCGGAGAUUGCGGAGACGGCGCUGGCCAACGGGGCGCCCGUGGUUCCCGACGUGCCCGGCACGACGAAGCACAUCGGGCCCCAGGAGUCGUGGAUGAGCUUGGGGCUGAUUUGCUCCGUCACGCUGGUACGCGUCUACUUUGCGCUCGUCGUCAUGUCGUUUGCGCAGCAGGUGCUGCAGCGGUACAGCGCGGCGGACAUGGGCUGGGAGGAGGAAGGCCGCAGCAGCGGCGCCGGCAAGAAGGGCGGCGUCGACGGACCUUUCUCGCAGGGCGAGCCGGGCGGCGAGGGGUCCCGCGGCCGUAUCGGGCGCGUGAUGCUCGCCCUCGGUCGCGGGUACUGGCUUCGCGAGAGGCCUCAGGAGGAGUGGGCGAGCGCUGUGAGCGCCAAGUUCCGGCACACCGGAGUCUAA